UUUAUAAAUGGGAAAUAUAUUAGAAAAUGAGAAGUAGGAUUAAAUAAUGAAAAAAUUUACAUUUUGUUAAAACAUAUCUCAUCGAUAGUUAGGGAAUAUAAAAAUACUUGAAUAUAAGGAGAACAAGGUAAAAUUAAAUGAUGAAUAGGGAAGAGAAUUAAAGUAUUUCAAAUAUAAUUGGGGACCACUUCGAAAUAAGAACUAGAUGAUUAUUAAAAGAGAUUUGAGAAGAGAAAAUAAUGGAAACAUGGUAACUUAGUCAAUUUGUUACAUGUUAAUGAAAAUAGUAAUUCAUUGAUGUGUGCUGAAGUUUCAUAAGCAAUAGUGAUAGGUGAAUAUUAUUAAAUGACUUUGAAUUCAGAGGCAGAAUAGAAGUAUUAUUGAAAUUGAAUAAGUUUUACUUAAUCAUUUAUGUUCAAUGAAUCAAGAUUAUGGUUGAUAACUUAUCAAAUCAUAAGUGUUUGUGCUUUUUUAGAAGAGAAGGGAGCAUAUCAUGGAGAAUUGAAAACAUAGACAAUAUAUUUAGAUGACUCAGAGAAUAUAAAAUUAAUAGUAAGAAUUAAUUUGAAUGAAAAGGAACAUGAUUUCUUACCUAAUCAUCCAGAUGCAUACAAUAAGGCAUUUAUAUUAGAUGAAUUUCAUUUAUUACCUCCUGAAUAAUUAGAAGAAUUAAGAUAAUCGAUUCCAAGUUCUAAGAAAAGUGGAGUGAAAGGAGAUGUUUUUACUUUAGGAUUAAUAUUGUUAGAAUUGGCUGCUUAAUAAUGUAAGGAUUAAUGAUAUGGUAAGCUUCAUCUGCAUAUUACAAUUGGUAGAAGAAAUAGAUAGAUUUAGUGUAGGUGAGGAGAAUGUGUGAUAUGUUGUUAGGUUUGGGAUAUUCCACUAUAUUUUCAAAGUUGAUCCUUUAGAUGAUUAGUGAUUAUGAUACCAGACCAACAUUUAUUGUUAUCAGAGAUGGCUUAUAAAAUCUAGAAAACGAUAUUCUGAAUGGAAACUAGUUUUACAUAAAUCAUAUUAAAUAAGAUAGAAUUAUAGAAGAUAAUAAAAAAUAGUUUCAAACAUUUGGAUAAAAAAUGUGAAUCCC